AUGAAUCCUUCAGCUGUCCAUCUCCUGAUCACACGAUCUUUCCUCAUCGGGAAAAUUCCCUGGAAGGCUCUGUUAGGCCAAUCUGUUAGGGCCAAUCGCCUCCGUCGGGGCGUUCUUUCGGAGACCGAGGAGACCUUCUCCGACAAGAUCAAGGAGAAGGACACGGUAUGGUUUGUGCAAUUUUGCGUCCCCUGGUGUAAACACUGCAAGAACCUUGGAACACUUUGGGAGGACCUGGGAAAGGUUAUAGAAGGUGAGGAUGAAAUUGAGAUAGGGCAAGUGGACUGUGGUGUCAGCAAACCAGUAUGCUCCAAGGUGGAUAUCCAUUCCUACCCAACAUUCAAGGUGUUUUAUGAAGGCGAAGAAGUAGCAAAAUAUAAAGGUAUACUUUGCUUCACCAGCUCACUAUACUUUUGCAAAACCUCCAUCUUAAACCAACUUUGAGCCUUAUA